AUGCUUGGUUAAUAUAAUGAAGCAAUCAUUUGGGUAGAUAAAGCAUUGUAAGUAGAUCCAAAGCAUUGUCUUUCAUUUUUUACUAAAGGUAUAAUGAUAUUGUAAUUUAUUAGCUGAGAGUUUAAAGAUGCUUGGUCAAUAUAAUGAAGCAAUCGUUUGGGCGGAUAAAGCAUUGUAAGUAGAUUCAAAGCAUUGUCUUUUAUUAUAUACGAAAGGUAUGAUGUUUUAUAAUUUGAAGGUGAUUCAUUAAAUACAAUUUGA